AUGGCAUCCCCUUCACGGAGUAUCCCCCAGAGGCCUCGUCGGGAAUCUGGUGCAUCAUCCUCAGCAAACGGUACACCUUCAAGUUUUGCUCGAUAUGCCUCUACCCAGCGUCUCGGUAGCCCCAUUCGCGGGAGCAAUUUAAACAUCGUUCAGAUGGGUGGUGCACCUCCGCAAAAUGGCGAUGGCACUCCGAUGAGCUAUCUCUCGCAAGCCCUUAACGGUCCUGGUGUCGGUACGCCGCCACGGUUCGGUACUCCUUCUAGACUUGCUGCUGGAACUCCACCCCGAAGCCACACUGGUUCGCCACCCGUUGAAUCUUCACAUCCGGCUAGCGUCUCCGAAUCCGUCGAUAACCGAAACGGUCUCGAAAACCCAGCAGUCGUACGGAGACAUCUUGUUCGCGAGGCUGUCUACGAUGGUGACCUUGGUCCUUCUCGUGGAACUCUCGGCGGUGCUGGUUUGGACGAUGAUAGCAACACCGAUGAGGAAUUCUCGUCGUUACAACUCCAGGGUGGCGAUAUCACGCGUCAAAUAUAUCAGUGGGAUGCACAACAGCGUGACCAGGCUCGGAAGUUGAGAUCGAAGAGUUUUAUACUUCCACGGCCGGAUCCACCAGAUGAUGCGACCGAUAUUACGAAUAUAAAGGUUCCGGGCGGUUUCAGGAGGAAUUUUAUUAGAAGGGCAGUAGGAACAAGCCCUGGGCCGGACGGGAGAGUGGGAACCAACCAGCCGGAGCUAUUGACAUCUAACUUCAUUGAGUUCUUGAGCAUCUACGGUCAUUUCGCUGGUGAAGAGUUGGAAGAAGAAGAAUACGACUCAUCGGGUGUGUUGAUACAGGAUGAUGAGGAAGGAGCGCCAGCAGAUGAGAGAACAGGCCUGCUCCCUAGAGAUAGAGCCGCAAAGAGGCCAACAAAGAGUGAAAUUGCUCAAGGAAAAGGUAGCGUGAAGAGCGCUGUUCUGUUGCUGCUGAAGAGCUUCGUUGGAACUGGUGUCCUAUUCUUGCCAAAGGCAUUCAAGAAUGGUGGUAUGUUAUUUUGUAUCCUGCUGUUGCUUGCAGUCGCAGGAAUCUCCUAUUGGUGCUUCGUCCUCUUGGUUAGGGCUAGAAAUCAGGUAAAUGGCAGUUUCGGAGACAUCGGUGGCGUACUAUACGGAAAAUAUAUGCGUAUAGCCAUCUUGACCUCCAUUGUCAUCUCUCAGAUUGGAUUUGCCAGUGCCUAUAUCGUCUUUGUAUCGGAAAACCUGCAAGCCUUCAUUCUCGCUGUCUCCAACUGCAAAACUAAGAUCGAAAUUCAUUGGCUCAUCUUGAUGCAAAUGAUCGUUUUCCUACCGUUUUCGAUGAUUCGUGACAUUUCCAAACUCGGUGGAACCGCUCUUAUUGCUGACGCCUUUAUCCUCCUCGGCCUCAUCUAUCUCUAUUACUACGAUCUAUUCGAAAUUGCAAGCAAGGGUGUUGCAGAUAUCGUUCAUUUCAACCCGCAAGAUUGGACGCUCUUCAUUGGAACAGCUAUCUUCACUUUCGAGGGUAUCGGCUUGAUUAUCCCUAUUCAAGAAUCGAUGAAAAGGCCUGAGAAAUUCCCGAAGGUUCUUGGAGGUGUUAUGAUUCUCAUUACGGCUGUAUUCGUCAGCGCUGGUGCAUUGGGAUAUGCCGCCUGGGGUAGCAAGACUAAAACCGUCGUCCUUCUCAACUUGCCGCAAGAUGAUAAGUUUGUCAAUGGUGUUCAAUUUCUUUAUUCCCUUGCUAUCCUUCUCUCCACGCCUCUCCAGCUUUUCCCUGCCAUCCGUAUUAUGGAAAAUGGUCUCUUUUCGAAAUCUGGAAAGUAUAGCAAUAAGGUUAAGUGGGAGAAGAAUAUCUUCCGAUUUUUCACUGUUAUGGUGACUGCACUUAUCGCCUGGGGAGGCGCGGAUGAUUUGGACAAGUUCGUUGCUUUGAUCGGCAGCUUCGCUUGUAUUCCGCUCGUUUACAUGUACCCGCCGAUGUUGCACUACAAAGCCGUUGCUAGGACCACUAUUUCGAAAGUCGGAGACGUCGUCAUCGGGAUAUUUGGGCUUGGUGUGAUGAUUUAUACAACCCAGCAAACGGUUAGGAGCUGGUAUGACGGGUCCGGAAAACCACCCUCCGAGGGAUUCUGCAAUCCGGCAUAG